AUGAUCCGAGCAAUUUCUAAAAUCACACCUCUCUCGUUCGAGUCCAAUAACAAACAUUUGGCUCAAGCCUUGAAAGUUAUUGGUCAACAACAAGACACCAAAAAGUCCAUCCAAACAGAAAUUAUUGGAUGCACCUUGACCGUUCAAUGCGAUCAUGAUCAACUCGGAGGAGUGAAUCAAGUCAUGUGCAACAUGUACGAAAAAUUUCAAGAUUUGAAAUCGUGGCAUGAAUGGUCUUCUCCUCUCCAUUCCAAAGCACACUAUCAUUCCAAUACAGAAACUAGUACCUUCUCGAUAGGUACUAAAUUCUCUCAGGAUUUAAAUUUGGGAUUUCCGAUUGGAUCCAAAACUUCACAGGAAUGCAUUACGGAUUUAAUCAUUUCGGAAACGCAAUGUACCAUUCAAUGGAGCAAACAAGAAGGAGGAUUGUCGUCGUGUCAUAUUUGGUCCUUUGAUUGUCUCUCUUCGACUCAUUUACAAAUUACCAAUGUUGAAGUGUUUCAUGGAAUUCCAAUGGUAUUGGUUCGACCUCUUGUCUCAAAACGAUGGAAUCAACUUUUUGAAAAGUCUUUGGAAGGUUUUGUAAAGCAGUUUUUGAGUGUGAGUGAGGAAUGA